CUAGAAAUCUCGAUUGCCUCUGUCUUUCUCGGCUCUCCGGCGGUCCCGCCUGUAGAUUCUCAUCACUCAUCACUGCUCCAGUCUCUUGGGCUUCCUUUUCCUUCUCUUGAUCUUGGGUUAUUAGUUACAUAUGCUUCUAAUUACUACUUAGAAAGCACCAAUUACCAAGCAUCGUCUCUGUAAGCUAAACGCUCAACUCUUUCUCUUGCUAGGCUUUGUUACGGGAUUGAUAUUCAUUUUCACUAAGGAAUUUUGGUGGCAAUAUGAAGAAAUUUAGAUGAUGAAGUUAUAUAAAAGGCGCAGCAGGUUUCAUGAUAUCUAUGAGAAGUUUUUGCCAUAAGCAUCGCUCAUUCACCACUUCUGCUUUAACUCCAUCAUAUUCAUUUCCAUGGAUCUCUCCUCUUCAGUUUUCAAAAGCAACUCCUUCCAUGCCAGAUCCACCACCGGAAACCUCAAACAUCCUUGUGGAAUCUCGAAGGAAAUCAAAAUUCAUAUCUCACGAUUCUGCCAUAAACUUGAUCAAACAUGAGAGGGACCCACAACGUGCAUUGGAAAUUUUCAACAUGGUAGCAGAGCAAAAGGGUUUUAAUCACAAUCAUGCUACCUAUUCAACUAUAAUCCAUAAGCUUGCCCGGGCCAAGAAGUUUCAGGCUGUUGAUGCAAUGCUUCACCAGAUGACCUAUGAAACAUGCAAAUUUCAUGAAAAUGUAUUACUUAAUCUCAUGAAGCAUUUCUCCAAGUCUUCUCUGCAUGAGAGGGUGCUUGAGAUGUUCUAUGCAAUUCAGCCAAUUGUUCGUGAGAAGCCCUCUCUCAAAGCCAUCAGCACAUGUCUCAAUCUGUUGAUUGAAGCGAAACAGAUUGAUUUGGCCCAGAAAUUUCUACUCCAUGUCAAGGAGUAUCUCAAAAUAAGACCAAAUACCUGUAUUUUUAACAUAUUGGUCAAGUAUCAUUGCAAAGUCAGGGAUCUUGAAUCUGCGUUUGAAGUCAUGAAGGAGAUGAGGAAGUCUAAGAGGUCUUAUCCUAAUCUGAUUACUUACUCAACUCUGAUGGAUGGGCUAUGUGAAAGUGGAAGGCUUGAAGAAGCAAUUAAAUUGUUUGAGGAAAUGGUGUCAAAGGAUCAAAUAUUACCUGAUGCUCUUACUUACAAUGUUCUGAUUAGUGGCUUUUGUCAUGGGGGAAAGGUUGAUAGGGCCAGGAAGAUAAUGGAGUUCAUGAGAAGCAAUGGUUGCAACCCAAAUGUCUUUAAUUAUUCAGUCUUGAUGAAUGGAUUUUGCAAAGAGGGCAGGUUGAAGGAGGCAAAAGAGGCUUUUGAUGAGAUGAAGAACGUUGGUUUGCAACCUGAUACAGUUGGCUAUACUACAUUGAUAAAUUGCUUCUGUGAGUCAGGAAGCGUAGAUGGAGCCUUGGAGUUGCUUAAAGAGAUGAGGGAGAUGAAGUGCAAGGCUGAUGUGGUAACUUUUAAUGUGUUACUUAAAGGUUUGUGCAGAGAAGGCAGGUUCAAUGAGGCCCUUGGGAUGCUGGAGAAACUAGCUUAUGAGGGUGUUUAUCUGAACAAAGGAAGUUACAGGAUCGUUUUGAAUUUCUUGUGCCAAAAAGGUAAGUUGCAGAAGACUUGUGAACUGUUGGAUUUGAUGCUGAGUAGAGGUUUUGUACCCCAUUAUGCAACUUCAAAUGAAUUGUUGAUUCGCCUUUGUAAAGCUGCAAUGGUAGAUGAUGCUGUUACAGCAUUGUUUGGAUUAGCAGAAAUGGGGUUUAAACCAGAACCUGAUUCCUGGGCUGUUUUAGUUGAAUACAUAUGCAGAGAAAGAAAACUGUUGUUUGCAUUUGAACUGCUUGAUGAGUUAGUAACCAAGGAGGCUGGAAAUUGUACACCAUUUGAUCUCAAUUAAUGAUUUCUUGUUGCUUACCUGUGGCAUAUUAUCCACCAUUAUGUGUUUUAGGCAAAUUAUACAAAUUUCUUCA